CCCCACCUGCUCUCCACCAGCCCCGGAGCUCAACGCGUGCACACCACACCCAGAGGCCAGGGUCGCCAUGGCCGAGUGCGAGGAGCUGGUGGAGAGCGGCGGCGCCGAGGAGGUGCCCCGCGUGGUGGCGGCCCUCGCCGGCAUCCUGGAGCGCGUCGCGGAGCGCAACGACGCCGCGGCGGCCGCGGAGCUCUCGGCCGUGGCGGCGCCGGCGGCGUCGGCGUUCCGGGCGACGACCAAGCCGGGCAUCUCGGUGCGCGCGUACAUGGCGCGCAUCGCGCGGUUCGCCGGGUGCAGCCCCGCGUGCUACGUCGUCGCCUACGUCUACCUCGACCGCCUCCUGCGCCGCGGCCGGCGCCUGGCCCUCGCCGUCGACUCGUACAGCGUGCACCGCCUCCUCAUCACUGCCGUGCUCGCCGCCGUCAAGUUCAUGGACGACAUAUGCUACAACAACGCCUACUUCGCCAAGGUCGGGGGCAUCAGCCUGGUGGAGAUGAACUACCUGGAGGUGGACUUCCUGUUCGGCGUCGGCUUCGACCUGAACGUGGCGCCGGAGACGUUCGCCGACUACUGCGCCGUGCUGCAGUCCGAGCUGCUGUGCGCGGAGGCGCCCCCGCCGCCGCUGAGGCUGCAGCACUGCUGCCUCUCCGACGACGACGCCGGCGCCGGAUGCAGCGCCCAGCAGCAGCUCGCCGCAUGAAACCGAUCGACCGGUAGCAGGUGGCGCCGUGCGUGGCCAGCAGCUAGUGGCAGCUGUGUGUGUUCUUGAUGUGCACUCUUCCUCCAUUUUUGUUUGGUGUAGUGGUGGUGGUGGUGGUGUAGGUGAAUCAAGCACGACAUACAGUCUUGAUUAACUGUACCAGCAGUAGAUUUUGUAUAUAUAGUGGUGGUGACUUCUGAAUCUUGUGCGUAGUCUGAUGGCAAA